AUGGACGUGACAGACAUUGGAAACCGAGAAGAGGGGAAACUCAAGCAUCGUAAAGUGGCUUCCGGCAAAGGUGUGGUGUUGACGGUCAUCCGUACAGCUCAGCAGGCAAAGGUGCGUUUUCUCCAUGCUGUCUUUGACGUCACAGGAGAAUCCUUCUUGGCUGGUGAUCACCACGGCAACAUCUAUGCCAUUGACAUAGGUAAAAACAGAUUUCGUCUCGUGCAGAAAACAGGACAGCCCUGCACUGCUUUGGCUAUAAGCUUGACUCGGACCACAGAAUUCCUGGUGGCAUUUGUAGACAAUACCGUCAGGUGUUAUGACCAAGACACAAAACAAAUGGUCGGUUGGAUGCGCGGUCACGAAGGGGCCGUUUCGUCAAUCUCCAUCCAUAGCUUGGGCCGCUAUGCCGUCACCACAUCCUCAGACACUGCUCAGUUGUGGGACCUAGACACGUUUCAGAGGAAGAGAAAGCUCAACGUCCACAAGUCAGUUGGCAUACAAAAGGUUUUCUUCCUCCCUCACAGCAACACCAUCCUCAGCUGUUUCAGUGAUGACUCCAUCUUUGCUUGGGAGAGCACCACGCUGGUGUGCGAAUACCAGCUUCCCGUGCCGGACUUUGGACCUCGGCUCUUCUACAAGACUUUCGCUGUGACCCAAGAUGGUAAGAUGCUGGCAGCUGGGGGAAGGUCCAACCUGCUGCACCUGUGGUGUUUGGACAGCAAAAAGCUGGUCAAGGUGAUCCAGAUGCCCACUCCAAUUCGGACUGUCAGACAGCUGGAAUUCCUUCCUAACAGAUUUGAUGGAACAUCUAGUCAGACUUUGGGUGUGUUGAGUCAAGAUGGAAUUAUGCGCUUCAUUAACAUUAAUACCUCCAAGCUACUCUUUUACAUCGGCUCCCGCAACAACACCAUAAACACAGUAGCUGUCAGCCCCACCGCUUGUUAUGUGGCAGCCAUCUUGGAUGACGGCAGCAUCAGCAUCUUCAGCAUUCAGAGUCUCCUAGAGGAGCUUUCCCUCCCACAGGUGACAAUAGUCUCCGACAAUGUAGAGAAUCAGGCACCGUUAAACCUGAAGGUCAAGUCUGAAACGAUUCAAAGACUUGCCAGUCAUGCAGGUGGGCAGAAGAAGGUGAAGAUCCGUUCCCGCGCUGCUGGAUCUGCAGUAGAAAAUAAGGAGAACCAACUCCCUGGUGGUCUUAACAAGACCCGACUCGUGAGUAUUCUCAAAACAUAUGGAGAAUAUCCUGCGAAAUACAGAACGUUUGUGUGGCGCUCCUUGCUGUGUGUGCCUGACAACUAUGGCGCAUACAGCAGUCUGAUAGAUAAAGGUCUCCACUCAGCCUAUCUCAGCCUUCAUGAGAAGUAUCCUAUCAAAAGCCAAAAGCUCCAGAGGGGGCUGCAGAGGGUUUUGUCCGCACUCUCUCACUGGGCUGCCAUCUUUGGAGAGGCGGAAUAUCUUCCACUAUUAGCCUUCCCUUUUGUCAAGCUCUUUCAGAACAAUCCCAUGCUGUGCUUUGAGGUGGUGGCCACUGUUUUAGUUAAUUGGUGCCAACACUGGUUUGAAUACUUCCCCAACCCUCCUCUGAACAUCCUGAGCAUGGCAGAGAACAUUCUGGCACAUCAUGACCAGGAGCUGCUGCAACACUUGGUGGACUGUGGUAUUACCUCUCAGCUUUAUGUGUGGCCCCUCUUGGAGACUUUAUUCUCAGAGGUUUUAACCCGUGACGAAUGGCUCAGACUCUUCGACAACAUCUUCUCCAACCAUCCGUCCUUCCUAAUUAUGGCAUGUGUGGCUUACCUGACAUGCUGCAGGGAACCCCUCCUGCUCUGUUCACACAAACAGGACUUUGAGUAUUUUUUCCACAAUCGGAACAACUUGGACAUGGAUGCCAUGCUCAAAGAAGCCUACCGGCUGAUGAGUAAAACACCGGCAUCCAUCCAUCCCACAAGAAUGCUCUCUGACUUCACGCCGCUGACCAAAGGCCAGUACCCUGUUUUUAACCACUACCCAGAAUUUAUAAUAGAAUAUCAGAAACGGGAGAUGGAAAAAAUAAGACGGCAAGAGUUGGAGUACCUCCAGGAAAGGCAAGGUUUGAUGGCGAUGCGUUCAGAUUUGGUGCAGCGCCAAGCCGAAGAGGAUGACUUUUAUGUGCAACAGGAGAGGCUAAAGAGAGCUGAAGAGGAGCGCAGAAAAAUGCUGGCACAAGAGGAAGAGAAACUAACAGUGCAUAGGAAAAAUUUGGCAGCCAUGAAGAAAGACCUAAACGUGAAGGAGUUAAAUAUGCUGGAAGAAAACCGAAGGCGUCUCCUCAAACUCCAGCAAGAGCUCCAAGUCUCGCAAAUAAAUAAACUGGACCAGGAGAUCAUGAGGCAGAUAGAACUCCGUGAGCAGGAAUCAACUGCAGCAGUCCAGGAUUUGGACUUAAGGCAAAUGGAGCUGGAAGUACAGCGGAGACACCUUGAGCAGCAACUGUGCAAGGAGCAGCUUCGCAUAGAACGGCAGGUUGAAGACAUGAGAAAGAAGAGCCCACAAAGGGAGAGCACAAAAAAACAGCUGGAGGCCGUCCCUGCGAAAACGCGCCAAUCGGGAUCCGACCGCAACUGGCAGCAGGACUCGAUGGCUGAGUGCCUCCAAAAUGUUGAAGGCCAAAUGAGAAGGCGAAAGCUGGCAGAAGGCGAUAGGCUGACGCACUCACCGAGAGAUGUGACUGGAAGGGAGUGGGACGAUGUGGUGAGUCAGAGGGCACGCUUAGUGGAACGACCGCAGUCCAGGCCUGCAGCAGACACAAGAUAUUUAAGACCAGGUAUCAACACUAACCAUGUUGAGACUGCGACCGUCAGGCCAACCACAUCAAAGAGGGCAGGAAGUAACAUGGCGUGUCUGAACAGCAGCUCCCCUGCAGAGAGCACCUCUACCAACUUCUCAUUGGACAGAGGCCGGGGACAUUUGGACCGCAAAGAGAGAGAACUGAUGAAGGAAAUUAAAGCUCUGAGAGAGAAGCUUGUUGCGAGAGCCAAAGAGGACAGCAUUGACUCAUCAUACACAGGCUCACACUGA